AUGUCAGGCAUGGAAGGUACAAUCUCAGAGCGCGGCAGAGCGAUCGCUCAGACCAGUUUAAAGGCUCGUCUGCAGCCACUCCUGUCCGACCUUUACGAUGCCAGAGACAAUCCCGGUGGCAUCGUCGACAUGGGCACAGCUGAGAAUCACAUCAUGACAAAAGACGUAUCAGACUUCGCCAACCGUAAGAUCCGUACAUCCUCAAAGACAUUCACCUACGGCGAAGGACCAUGGGGAAGCAAGCGCCUACGCAUAGCAAUGGCCGAUCACAUGAACAAAUACUUCCACCCUGUCUCUACAGUCCAACCCGAAGAUUUGGUAUUCGCAAACGGCAUCACAUCACUCUGUGAGUUGUUCGGCUAUGCGAUGGGGGAAGAAGGUGAUGGUAUUUUGAUAUCCAGACCUUGUUAUCAAGCCUUCAUUGCCGAUUUCGGGGCGAAAGCGAAAAUCAAAUGUGUUUUCGUGCCCAGCGAUGGCAUCGACCAAUUCUCUGCCGAGAUAGUCGAAGCAUACGAAACAGCCCUCCUCAGAGCCAGAGCAGAAGGCACAAACGUUCGUGCUCUUCUUCUCUGUAACCCACACAAUCCUCUCGGCCGAUGCUAUCCUCUAGAAACGAUCAAAGCUUUGAUGCAAUUAUGUCAAAAGCAUCGCCUUCACCUCUUGUCAGAUGAAGUCUAUGCUCUCUCCGUCUUUGACAACUCCGACCCAGCCGCUGUUCAAUUCACCUCCGUACUCUCCUUUGACAGUACCCCUUACAUCUCUCCCAACUAUCUCCAUGUCGUCUACGGAUUCUCCAAGGAUUUUGCAGCUGGUGGAUUACGUCUCGGUUGUAUUUACUCGCGCAACACUGCAUUGAUGGAUACAAUCUCCGCCAUCACGCAAUUCUCUUGGUCCGGACCCUUGAACCAACUCUUCGCUGCUGAGAUGCUUGAAGAUACAGAAUGGUUGGAUGAGUUCUUCACCAAAAGCCAAAGUGUCCUUAAAGAGAGGAAUGAGAAAUGCAGAACUGUGCUUGAAGAAUACGUCAUCGAAUAUGCCCAUGGUGCUAAUGCUGGAUUCUUCCUUUGGAUAAACCUCCGUCCCUACCUUGACCUCUCCACCCAUCCAGAUGGAAAAGAAGCAGAAAACGCACUAGUAGCGAAAAUGGAAAACGAGAAAAUCUAUCUCACGCAAGGAACGCUCUUACAGACUGAAGAGAUAGGGUGGUUUAGAAUCAUCUACGCACAGGAAGAUGAAGUGUUGGCAGAAGGGUUCAGAAGGUUGGUAAAAGCUAUUGGAGCGAAGAAAGGUCAAGAAGGACCCGGCGGAAUUGGAAGUAGUGAUUUAGACAGCAUGGAAAGGAAAGGGAAGAGAUGA